AUGAAGUUUGUGAUACUGGCUUUGUUUGUGGCUGGUGCCUACGGGUGCGGCCUGCCCACCUUCCCUCCCAUCGUCACCAGGGUGGUUGGUGGAGAUGAUGUCCGUGAGAAUAGCUGGCCCUGGCAGGUGUCUCUGCAGUACAAGAGUGGCAGCAACUUUUACCACACAUGCGGCGGUACUCUGAUCUCCAACCAAUGGGUCCUCACUGCUGCUCACUGCAUCAGCAGUCUCACCUACAGAGUCUACCUGGGAAAACACAAUCUGGAUUCCAACAACGAGGCAGGUUCCAUCGCCAUCAGCCCCGCCAAGAUCGUCGUCCACGAGAACUGGGACUCUUACAGAAUCCGUAACGACAUCGCCCUGAUCAAGCUGGCAACUCCUGUCACUUUCUCUGACUCCGUCAUGGCUGCAUGUCUUCCCAACUCUGGUGACAUCCUGUCUCAUGGUGCUCCCUGCUACGUCACCGGCUGGGGUCGUCUCUGGACUGGAGGUCCUAUCGCCGACGUCAUGCAGCAGGCCCUCCUCCCUGUCAUCAGCCACUCCACCUGCUCCAGGAGUGACUGGUGGGGCAGCCUGGUCACCACCAACAUGCUCUGUGCAGGAGGAGACGGACAGCUGGCUAGCUGCAACGGAGACUCCGGCGGUCCUCUGAACUGUGAGAACCCUGAUGGGUCCUGGGACGUGCACGGCGUGGUGAGCUUCGGCUCCAGCAUGGGCUGCAACUACCCCAAGAAGCCCUCCGUCUUCACUCGGGUCAGCGCCUACAUCUCCUGGAUCAACAACGUGAUGACCAAGAACUAA